GCAGGUCUUUAUCAGAUCUGUGUCUUUGAUAAAGGCUUUUAAUAUCCUAGAGUCACUGUCUGCUGAAAUCAGUAAAAACUAGAACUUUUUAUUAAAGUCUAAUGAUGUUUAACUGUGUCGGACUGAGCAUUGUGGCGUUGCUGUUGGUGAUUGGAGCAGCUGCAGAAGAAAGAGCGGAGUAUGACUACUACAAAUACCAUCCCAUGGUUGAGAUCACUGACUGGAUGACUCAGAUUGCGAAGGAUAACCCUGAUAUUGUGAAAAUCAUUGACUAUGGAAAAACCUACGAGCUGAGGACUAUUAGCCUGCUCAAGAUUGGCGUUGAUACAGGAGAGAAGAAGAAGGCCGUCUGGAUGGACUGUGGCAUUCACGCCAGGGAAUGGAUCGCCCCGGCCUUCUGUCAGUACUUUGUCAGACAGAUCCUGGAUGCUUAUAAGAAAGACUCAAAAAUGGAAGAGAUGAUGAAGAACAUAGAUUUCUACGUCACGCCUGUCCUGAACAUCGACGGCUACAUUUACACCUGGAUAAAUGAAUCAACUCGACAGUGGAGGAAGAACAGGUCACCUGGACCUCCAGGCUGUGAAUGUUAUGGCACUGAUCUCAACCGCAACUAUGACGCCAACUGGGGAACUGUGGGAGUCUCGUUCAACUGCUGUAGCAUAUUGUACUGCGGCAGACAAGUCCAGUCUGAGCCAGAGACCCAGGCCGUCACUUAUUUUAUCGGAACCCGAAAAGAAGACUUCCUCUGCUUCUUCAACAUCCACUCGUACGGCCAGCUACUGCUGUUUCCCUAUGGACAUCCUGACUUCACCGCCACCAACUAUGAAGAGCUGAUGGCGGUGGGUUUGGCUGCAGCAGAUGCCAUUAAGAAGGUCCAUGGGAUGGACUACACCGUUGGAGCUUCUGCUGAUGUGUUAUACCCCAUGUCUGGUUCAUCCAAAGACUGGUCUCAGAUGCAGGGCAUCCCCUACUCCUUCAUCUUUGAGCUGAGAGAUAACGGGACGUACGAAUUUGAGCUCCCUGAAGAUCAGAUCAAGCCGGCCUGUGAGGAGGCCUACGCAGGAGCCCUGCACAUCAUCACCCACGCCCACGAUAAGACCUUUAACAGCGCUGUGGAAACCACUGCUGCCACCCUGUGGACCGUAAUGGCAGCAAUCAGCCUCACCAACCUGAUAUAAGAGAAUAAAGCCAGGAUGAAGAAUCAAAUCUUUACCUUCUUAUCAUGCAUAAAUGGCACUAUUGCUUAAUAUUGAUGAAUUGUAUUUAUUGAUGAUAAAUGUUGUAUAUUUUUUAAAUUAAGACAAAACUCAUCUUAAGUUAUCUGAACAAUGAGAACCAUUUACAACUGUAAAUAAAUGUCCAUAAAUUA